AUGUCGGAACACCUGACAGUUAUAUAUUCAGAAGGACAUGAUUUGGAUUCGUAUAUUUUUCAAAAAGCAAUUCGAUGGGCUGAACAAAAUAUGGAUGAUUUUGUAUUUUGGAUGAGAAAACAGCCAAUGGAUAAGUUUGUUUUUUUUCAAAUUGAAAGUGGACUUUCAAAAUUCAAACUCGCUCAAAAAAUAUUUCAGAAUCCCCGAAAUUGAUAUCGAUUGGUCACAGAAAAUUGAAGCUCUCAAACGUCUCAAAUUUCUGUAUAAUUCGAAACAUUUAUCUGCUGCGUAAGGUUUAUUUUCUACAUAUAAUUUUCCCAAUUAUUCAUGUUUCAGAUGUAUGAACACGAUUUUAUCGGAUAUUGAAGAUGUUGCGGCAAUUAUUAUUCAAACAGAUAUUUAUCAAAAACCACCGGAAUUUGGAACUCUUCUGGCAACUUUGGCACAUUUUUGUAAUCAGAAAAAUUCGAAAGCUGUUGUUUGCAUCGAUACAAUGAGAAAUGAAUUUUAUCGACCGGUGCGUUUUUAUUUUUUGGGCUAAAUUUUCUGGAAAUCGAGGAAGAAUAGUUCCAAAUUUUUGGAGCACAAAUGGCUAGACUUCAAACUUUUCAAAACUUUUUUUUCUUAAAAUCUCUGUAAAAUUCGGAACUAUUUACAUGUACCUUUAUUGUUUUAGGGUGUCACUUCUUGAAAAUAUCAAAAUCUUGGGUGUUUAAAAAUUAGAUACUUUAAGGCAUUCCAAUUUAGACAUUCUGUUCUUGAUUACCCUCAUUCGCCUCCAUAAACAUCAAAAUUUUCUCCAGCCAUCUCCCACUUAUGAUCAAUGGGAAAGUGGUCCAUUUGUUCCAAUUGAAGUCGAUGAACAUGAACAAGAUGAUUUUAUAUUCGAUUCUCCUGAAAAUCUUAAUCAAUUCCAUCUGAUUUCAACAAUUUAUUCGAAAGAUAUUUAUUUUUUCGAUGGAACAAAUUUCAACAAAAAAUAA